GGUCAGCGAGCUUCAAUAUUUUUUCUAUCCGACAGUCAAAAGUAACUAACUUUGCAAUUUCCGUUCAGCUAGCGGCUACCUAGUCAUAUACCUACCUAGUUUGUUGUUCGGACUCCAGUCUCCGUCCAAUCUCCGUCCAGUCUCUGUCCAGUCUCCGUCCAGUCUCCGUCCAGUCUCCGUCCAAUCUUCGAAGCACCCAUGAUGGAUCACCUCCGCACAGAAGGACAGUCCCCAAGGCGCACCCAAGCGCGUAUCCGACGUGCCUGUUCUUCGGAGACAUGUAAAACGAUAUGCUUGGUGCUCUUUUUCCUCUUGACGGUGUGCGUCUUUUCCGUCGAGAUUGUCUUCGCUGUCUCUGCUUCGAAAAAGAAGGCAAUCUGGUGGCUUCAGGUCUGCAUGUAUAUACCUGUAGUCAUGAUGGUGUACCUGAUGUAUUUCCUCUGGUUUCGAAGGAGAGAGGCCUACGAACAACAGCAUUGUCAGCUGCGAAAUCUAGAACGUGGCUUGAUACUAGUGGACGAGGAGAAUGGACUGCAGUCUCUUUCACGCCUCGUGUUACCACCGAGUAUAAGGGCAGCAGUUGCGCAUACCGCUGAAAGUUUAGGAAAUGCGUCCAUCAUUGCGUCUGAUGUGGAAGCAGGCCAAGUGUGAGCAUCUUCUACAGCAGAACAAAGAGCUCGCCGUAUACAUAACCUGGUUAGUGCAGCCGUGAGGUGAAACCGCAGGCCGGGGCCGCACCAGAGCUUCCUCCAACCAAGAGGCACAUUCUCACAUCUGAAGGUGCGGCAGCAUCAUCAGGUACCAACCCCUUGGUUGGCUUUGACGACAGUUUUGUGCCACCACCAACCCGCACUGCCAUGACAGCGCAGAAUGGAGCACCGACGUCUCUAGCCAUGCACAGCAAGAAACCGAGCUCUUCAGACUCUGAGUCUGAGUCAGACAAUGAGGAAGAAGGCACCGAGGUUGCCUCCAUUCGAACAGCUGGCACUGAGUUUUCUCCCACGCCGUAUGGCCGACUGGGUGAUAGUACUACGGACGAUGAGCUUGAUGGACAGUAUGCGAAUGCAAUAAGUCAAAUUGUUAACAAUACAUACGUCUUGCACAAUGGCUCAUUAAUCAGUGCCUUCUUUUAUGUAGAAUCGGUUUAUUAUUUUUCUCAAAAUACUUUGUGAAAUGCAAAAUGGAGGCUUUCACAACUGCUUCGAAGAAUGUUUGUUGCUGCUAAGUUACGUUCAUUGGUCCUUUUUCCCUAUAAAUCAUUUGGCUCUCCAUCCGAGUCUAAGUUACAUUCUGCGAACUACAGAAAACCGCCAUGUUUAUUGUGUACUUAAAAAAAGCAGUUGUCUAUGCAGAUAGCUAUAAAGUGAUGUUUCAGUUGACAGCACAUGUAUCAGUAUUCAGCAAUAAGACUCG